UAAAGAUUCGGCAAUCGAUUAGUCGAGGAAGCUGUUCUGGGCUCAAACAAACAGUUCUACAGACCAGGCGGUGACUUGCACCCGCACCAGGCAUGCGCAUUUCCAACCAGAAAGACCGGGAUGGGUUUCGGAUGUCAGCUGACUGACUGUGCGGAAAGGGUCUGGGGUAUCCUGGCAACGCAAGCGGGAGAAGCCCCGCUGUUUGAACUCCGCCUCUGCAAUGCUGCGGUGGCUGAUAGGCGGGGGUCGCGAGCCGCAAGGACUGGCCGAGAAAUCUGUGCAGACCUUAGGUGAAGAGCAAGCACAAAAUCCCUACACUGAGCUUCUUGUGCUAAAAGGUCAUCAUGAUAUUGUGCGGUUUCUAGUGCCAGUAGAUGAUUACAGGUUUGCCUCUGCAGGUGAUGAUGGAAUUGUAUGUUUGUGGAAUGCUCAGACUGGAGAGAAGUUGUUUGAGCUACAUGCGCACACUCAAAAAAUCACAGCUCUUGCUGCUUUUCCUGUAUCUGAUGCUUGUGAGGAAAAAUGUCAUAUGAUUUUGACAGCAGGUGCAGAUCGGGCUGUUAUUGUGUGGGAUUGUGACAACGGUAGGCAAAUUCAUAAAGUAUCCUGCUUUCAUUCCACUGUAAAGUGUUUGACUGUUCUUCAACGGCUGGAUGUAUGGUUAUCUGGAGGGAGUGAUCUUUGCGUUUGGAACCGAGAAUUAGAUCUGUUGUGUAAGACAAGUCAUCUUACUGAUUCAGAUAUAAGUGCAAUGAUUGAACUGCCGAAAAAUUGUGUGGCGGCAGCUGUUGGAAAAGAAUUGAUAAUUCUUAGAUUGAAAGCUUCCAAAGAUGGAACUGAAUGGGAUGUCUUUGAAGUAAAACGACUUCUUGACCAUCAAGAUAAUAUUCUAUCGUUGAUCAGCAUCAGUGAUUUGGCGUUUGCAACAGGCUCCCAUGUGGGUGAGCUGAUAGUCUGGGAUGCUUUGGACUGGACAAUGCAGGCAUAUGAAUGCAACUGGGAUGCAUCUCUUCAUGUGGACCCACAACAAGAAAUAAAAUUGUCCUAUAGCCAAAAUAAAAUUUCAAUUCAGCAUUUAGCAUCUGAUGAAGAGUGUGUAUUUGCUGCUGUUGGAAAGGGCAUAUACGUGUAUCACCUUCAAAUGAAGCGUGUGAUUGCCUUCCAGAGGACUGCUCAUGAUUCCACUGUCCUGCACAUUACGAAAGUUCCAAACAGGCAAUUAAUAUCAUGUUCAGAAGAUGGCAGUGUUCGGAUAUGGGAACUAAGAGAAAAGCAGCAACUCACAGCUGAGCCUGUUCCAUCAGGUUUUUUUAAUAUUUGGGGAUUUGGAAGAGCAACCAAACAAGCUAACAAUACAGCUAAAAGGGCACCAGAGAGCACCACAAUUUAUUCUUUGGAUCUUACUGGGGAUUUGAUUGGGCACUCAUCAGCUGUGCAGAUGUUCCUGUAUUUUGGUGAACAUGGUCUGGCAACCUGCUCUGCUGACCAUCUCAUUAUUUUAUGGAAAGAUGGAGAACAAGAGUCUAGAAUACGUAGCUUGAUGUUAUUUCAUAAAUUAGAACAAAGCGAAGACUUGCAGUUUGGGCCCUGAGAUGAUUGAAAGGGGGAUAAGUGUACAUACGAAACGAUAUAAAAUUGUACAACACAACUCUAUGCAGAGAAAUCAAUGCAUGGAAUUUCACUGUUACAGUUUCAAGUGCUAACAAUAAAUUUGUAUUGUCUGUCUUGACUCCUUAAAACUCUUAUAAUUAAAUGUGUCUUGCUGUCAUUGAA